UGCUUUCUAGCAAUAACAAGCAGAUAAUUAUGGAGACAUUAGGUUCAGUACCAAGAGAAAACAAAUUUGAAGAGGGAAAAGAGCAACCUAAUGACAAUCAUCCGACAAGAAAUCGGGAAUUAACCGAGAGAACCGAUAAGAGUUUGUUAUCAAGGAUACAGAAUUUUGAAAAAAGGACUCACGUCGAGGACUCUUCCAAUUCCGAAAAUGAACAGUUGGAGCUAAGGCCAAACAGUAUUUUGCUUUCUAGCAAUAACAAGCAAUUAAUUAUGGAGACAUCAGGUCCAAUACCAAGAGAAAACAAAUUUGAAGAGGGACAAGAGCAACCUAAUGACAAUCAUCCGACAAGAAGUCGGGAAUUAACCGAGAGAAACGAUAAGACUUUGUCAUCAAGGAAACAGAAUUUUGAAAAAAGGAAACGCGUCGAGGACUCCCCCGAUUCUGAAAAUGAACAGUUCAAGGGUCUGACAGACCCUGAUGAGUGUAAGCAGAAGGGUGGUGAUUUUAAUCAGGCUUGA